AUGGCUUGUAACAUCGGUGGCUGGAUAGCCGGUUUAGGAGCUAUCCUCGUUACGGUUGGCGUCGUUUUUGGAUGGGUCCUUCUCCCGUACAUGAUUGAGGAUGAAAUCAUUAAGAAUGUAGUUCUUGCAAAAGACAGCACCUCCUAUAAGUUCUGGAACAAACUGUCUCAACCCGUGGAAUUCAAGGUGUAUAUUUGGGAAGUGGAGAACCCAGAUGAAGUCCAAUCAAACGGCGCCAAACCUAAAAUGAAAGAAACUGGCCCAUAUACUUACCUCCUUAACAGAGCAAAGGAAAACAUAAAAUUCAGUGAAGAUGGAAAUUUCGUCGAGUACGAGCAGAGGACAUUCUACAAGUUCAGUCCAGAGCUCUCAGGUCCCUCUUUUAGUGAAGAUGACGAAGUCACGGUGCUCAAUUCGGCUACGAUGGGCCUGGUUCUUGCUGCUGAUAUCGUGGACGACAUGUGGGGAAUAUCCGCGAUGAGUGUUGCAUAUGAAGACUUGUUUGGCGAUUACGCUUCCGUCUUCACGAAAAUCAAGGUUCGCGACCUUCUAUUUGACGGAAUGAUGAUCAAAUGUAAGGAAAAUCAUGAAAACAUUUUUUGGGAGGUUAUUUGCGGAAAAAUGGCUGAAAAUUACAAAAUAGGACUAUUGACACCUUUCAUCCGGUACGACGAGAAAAACGACAACUAUUUCUACUCAUUCUUGAACCAUAAAAAUGGAAAAACCGAUGGCCACUUUAAGGUUAUGACUGGCAAGUCGGACGUGAGUAAACUCGGACAGAUUGUCGAGUGGGAACACAACUCAACCUUGCAAUUUUGGUCUGGGGAUGAGUGUAACACUAUCAGAGGAAGCGAUGCCACAAUUUUUCCGCCCUUUUUGAACGAGGAAACCAAAAUCAACGUAUAUUCAACAGAUUUGUGCAGGAGCCUUUACAUGACCUACGACCAGAAAAUCGGCCACUCGGGUAUAGAUGGCCACCGGUAUGUAGUAGACCCCGUGCAAUUAGGCAACGUGUCUUCCAUGCCGGAAAAUUACUGCUACUGUCCUCCGAAUGGUGCGUGCCUCAAGGAUGGCGCCAAUGAUUUAACAAAUUGUUACAGUAAGACUUUAACUUCUCUUCAAUAUUCGAGUGGCCUUGUCAUGAGCGAAUCACCUGUGAUUUUUUCCUUGCCUCACUUCUAUGGGGCUCCGCAAUACGAACAAAUGGUUGAAAAUCUUAAACCUGACAAGGAAAAACAUCAGAUGUUCCUCGAUGUGGAAACGAACACUGGCGCCCCCCUUCGUGCAGGCCGCAGGGUGCAGUUCAACCUGAUGAUCAAGCCGUUACGAUGCGUGAACAUCACUAAAGAUCUGCCAGAGGCGGUCCUCCCCUUAUUCUGGGUGGACGAAGCCUUGGAGCUGAAUAAGGAGAAUACCGACUUUUUGAAGGACAUAUUUGUCAACAAGAUCAGCCUCGUAGACAACGUCCGCUGGACAUUGCUUGGGGUAGGAUGUGUCCUCUUUUUAAUUGGGACCGCUCUCCACUGCCACAAGCAAACCGCCCCAAUGAAGAACAAGGGCGAGGUGCCCAUGUAG